UGCACAAGGUUUCUGGGUCCGGAGAGAAGCGGCAUGGCCCUCAUGGCAGUGGACCUUCUCAGUGGCUUUACGGUGCCCUCAGACGCCAUCCCCCUGAGCGACAGCGUGAAGAAAGUGGAGCAGGAGCACGGGAGGCUCAACCUGUACUUGGACUCGGUGAAUGAUACCCAGUUUUGUGUUGAUAUUCCUUCUGUGAGAAAGUUUAAAGUUUCGAAUACCCAAGAUGCUUCUGUAUCCAUUGUGGAUUAUUAUGAACCAAGGCGGCAGGCGGUGAGAAGUUACAACUCCAAGGUGAAGCUGGAUUACUGUGACAUCUGCGGAGACUCCGAGGGCUGUGGUCACUGUGUGAAGACUUCCAGCGGCCCUGGCCACUUUCCCGCCUUCUUCCUGCUCUCCGCCACGCUUCUCUGCUCUUUACACCACGGGCUGUGACUUAUUGUCUAAGAACUCUGUGUCACACAACAUCUCCAGAGGUCACAUGGGAUUGUUUGGGCUUUCGUAAUUGAAUCCUGCCUCUAUUUUGAGAAACACUUGCUUUUUCCACACCAAGUCCUCAUUUGUAGCAUCGCAGAUGUUUUUUUUUUGUUUGUUUGUUUUUUUGGCUAUCUGAUCGUUACGUGGAGGAACGCACAUCAGAAUGACGGCAGUCGCAUAUUUUUAUUCUUAGUUCUCCCUCUUCAAAUCUUUUAGGAUUAUUUUUUGAGGGGAAGUUUGGGACAUGUUUGUUUUUCUCUUUCCAAGUGAAAGUAUUUUAGAUUCUUCUUUUCAGUUUGUCGAAGACAUGACCUAGUUGCUGAAACUGUUGUGCUUCGCCAUAGUAUGAAGGCUGGG